UCCCAUGCACCAUCACCCCUAUUAACUCCUUCCAUUUCUCAUUUCCCCCUUUCCUCUUUGCCCUAAUCUUACCACUCUUCUCUUCCAAUUUCUCCUACAAAUUACACCAUCUUUCCAAUUGUUUAUGUUUUUUCGACCUAAAACUCUCUGAGCUUUUGCUAUGGUAAGAGGAUUCGCCAUGGAGUCACAGGAUAAGAGAAUGUGCAAGACCGAAUCUGCGUUUUCUGGUGUGAGCGUUGAUUAUAAUCAAAAUCAAAAUCAAAAUCAUCGAGUGUACGAUGAGGAUUGUUUUGGUGACAUACUGAACAUGUUUGAUUUCCCGAUGGAGGGUUUGGAAGGCGAUGGAUUUGCAGAGGAUUGGGCCUCUAAACUCGGCCCUAUACCUUCUGAAGUCUUCAAAGAACUCGGUGUCAGCAAUACAUUCGUCCCUUCCACAGAUUUGCCCUUUGAGUAUCCCGUGCUUAAUAAUAGAGCUUUGCAUUCUCAACCAAAAGAAGCCUUUGAAGCACCAAGCCCGAAUUCAGUCCUGGAAAAUCGGUCUUCCAGCUCAAACAGUAAACCCAUCUCCUUAGGAAUCGAGCAUUCCAUUCCGGUUAGAUCUCGAAGCAAACGAUUCCGACCCACCACCAAUCCAUGGUUGCUGUCACCUCUGAUAUCCAAAGAAAGGAAGAGAAAAACAGCAUCCGAGAUUCCGGUUUUCAUAAAAAGAUCAAAUGUCACGGGAAACGGAAUCAAGAAAUGUGCUCAUUGUGAGAUAACAAAAACCCCACAAUGGAGGGAGGGACCGAUGGGCCCCAAAACACUUUGCAAUGCGUGUGGGGUCCGGUAUCGGUCCGGCCGCCUCUUCCCGGAGUACCGCCCUGCCGCCAGUCCGACAUUUGUUCCGGCACUGCACUCCAAUUCUCACAGGAAGGUGAUAGAGAUGAGGAGUAAGACUGUUGAGUAAGAGUGUAACAGAAGCAUAUCAAGGCGCAGUUCUGAGUCGGUUGAUCACAUCCUAAUGGUCUGUCCAUUCGUCAAAGAAGCGUUAUUUUGGAUCUUCAAGUGGUACGAUAUUCAACAUCCUACCAUCUUACAGGUGUAUGAUCUAAUAAAUUUUGCUGCUAAAUGGUGCAACUUCCCUAAAAAAAGAAGGUUGUUACUGACCAUUUUAUAUAGUUCCCUUUGACUUAUCUAGAAGGCGAGAAAUGAGAAAAUUUUCAACAAGGAUACAGUCUCUCCAAAAAAACGGCUGACAACAUAAUUGUUUUGGUGUACUUGUGGUUUAAACAUAAAGGAAAUAAAG